AUGCCUAGCAUGGGUGUGUGGGAGACCGAAGACGAGAUGGACGGGCCGUACGUCGCCGCGGCCGCGGCCCUACCGACACCGACAGAUACGCCAUACCGGACACCAUCACGGACCUCGAGACGGUCACGACGCUCGGUAACGCCGCCACGAAAGGGCAUCUCGCCGCCCCCGAUACCGAACACAGACAAAACGGAUAAAACCGACCGAAGCUCAAAACGGUCAUCCAAAGAUCUAGCUACGGAUGAGUCCAUCAGCAUUUUUGAUCCUCGCCGUUUCACGCCGACCCUCCACGCCAACUUGGUGUCUGAAAUUCUCAACCUCCGCCGUGACCAAGAAGAGAAAAUGAAGAUCAUUGAGAGCCUUGAGACAACACUGCACGCAACAAAGCAGGAACACGAGUCUCUAGAAGCGACGGCUCUAGGGACGGCAAAGGAAAACCGCUCGCUGAAGCGCCAGCUGGCUCUUCUGGAGGGCGGUACUUCGUCUGCCCUCGGCGAACUGGCCCGGGAACGGGAAGAGGCUGUUGAGACCGCUGGCGAGACCAAGAAGCGACUUGACCAGACCCAAAAGCGGCUUCGCCACCACGAGGAGGAUUUACAACGAACCCAUGAUCAAUGGGCGAAGGACAAAGAGGCGUGGGAGGAAGAGAAGCGCAAAUAUGAGCGCAAGCUCCAUGUUGCCGAUACUCGCCUGAAGACGGUCCUCGAAGAAGUGGCUGCGUACCAUGCCGCCCAGGUCAAUGGAAUGAAUGGCCACGCUGUGGACGGCGAAGAACUGGAGGAUGCUACCACUGCUGGGAAGGACAACGAUGCCGCCAGUGUUCGGACGAUGAGCAUGACAAAUAGCAUUCGCUUUUCCGUGGUUCCCAGUAAGCCCAAUGGCAACUCCCUUGCCGACGAGCUCAACUUUGACGGCGAUGAGACCGACGAGACCGACCACGGCGGCCGCGAGAGCGCCUUGUCCUACCGUCUGCAUGGCCGCAGCCACAGUCGCGAUAGCACUGUUUCUCGGUCGCACAGACGCCAGCAAAGCAAUGAGAGCCUUCGCCGUCCUGGCAGUGUAGCCCGGGGCCGCUUCCUGAACCAGUCGGUCCUGGAGCGCCUGGAGGGUGUCACAAUUGAAGAGGGCGAUGAGGAGCAAUCUCCGUCACCGCCUGCGCCAGUGGCUCCAAAGGUGGAAUACACAGACUCGGCCUGCCAGUACUCGCCACCACCGUCGCCCAAGACGGCACCGCAGGCUGCUCAGCCAGAGCCCGUGCCGGUUGUGGAGCUGCACCAGCCGCAGACAGCACCGCCGCCCAUUCCCGCACGUGCCGAUCGUUCUUCGCAUCAAGAGUCGAUUGACAGCACCGGUGAAAUUGAGGCAAACCAGCGACGCAAGCGGGUGCACAUUGCUCGCCCACUGACGAUCGACCCUGUCGUGAUGGGAAGCAACCUCAUGGUGUCUGUGGGCUCACAGACAAUGGCGGAUGAGCCCCUGAGCCCCCCGAAGACGCCCAAAUCGCCUUCAUUUGAGAAGGAGAUCAAGCGUGCAUCUCUCGUUGCUCCGAAGCCAGUUGCACCUCCUAUGGUGUCGAGUGAGACCCAAACAGAUCCUCUUACGCCUCCUGCCUCGCCCGUGGCCGAGUCACAAGGUGGCCUUGUUCCCCUUUCGCAGAUGCUGAUUCCAAGCAUCAGCAUCCACCCGCCAACAAGCCGGCCCACGACUCCCCGUGAGCCGCGUCUACCUCCCCUCGUCAAGGACUUCGGCUGCCAGGUUGAAAUCAUUUCACGCCCUGUGCCAUCGAAGUCUAUCUCUGUACAGACUGAUGAGAUUCGUGUUGACAAGCGCCUUGAUCGCUUGCCGGCUCACCUACACCCAUCUGCCAUCACAUCUCGACCGUCGUCUCCUGCGGCCAUUAUUUCAGACCCUGUUGCCGCUGCUGUUGAUGACCUCAGCAAGCAGCACUUUGUGCCCGCUCCAAACGCCUUGCCACCCCGCAACCCUCGUAGACUCGUCUCGAGGUCGGGCACCCCGAGUGAGCCACCAUCCUCGCCUCCGGCUCCUGCUCCCACUGCUUUUGGCUCCGAGGAAACGCACGAUGCCUACCCUGGCAACAAUGACGACGGUCCGUUGUCAAACCAGAAAGCGCCAAUGCGUCGUCCUCAUCGCAUUAGCAGUCUGUUUGCUGGAUUUGACGGUGGCAGCUCGGAUGAGGUUGACGAGUUUGCUGAUGCCGAUAUGAGUGAUUCCGAGUAUCGCACGGCGCUCUCUGCACCGAAGCCGAAGGCAGGCAGCUCGUCGCGUAGUACCAGCAAACGCAACUCGGGUGCACUUAGUGAAACGGCUUCUCCCGAGUACCUCUCACGCCGGAGCUCUGUGCGCAACUCUGUGCGCAUGCUGGGCAACCUAGCCGGCAUUGAGACAUACAGCAAGUAUACCAUGGCCGACGUCACCAAGGACAGCCGCGAGAUCACCACUGGACGGAGGACAUCCGUGCGGUCGUCGCAGCUGUCCUUUGAAAAGGGCAAUGGCUCUGUUCUCGGCCCUUCUGGCAACAGACCGGGCGUAAUGCGCAAGGCGGCCAUGAUCCAGAAUGGCAUCGCCACGCACCAAGGCCGGUCACGCAGCCCCAGCCUCCCGGAACCUCGCGAUCCGCCGUUCCCGAUUCCUACUCGCGCAAGCUCCCGCAAGCCCCCCACCAGUGUCAGUGCGCCUAGUGAUGGCCAGAGAAGCCCGACGCGGGGCGAUGCUUGGCACCGUCGCGGCGGUAGCCGGACUCACUACCGGGCCAACAGCAUCCGCAAGGUGCGGUCCGCGGCCGCCAUUCCUGUCAAGCCACGGAACCGACGUGGUGGUAGCCGGUCGCCGCCGUUGCAGCAAGGACCCUUCUCGGCGGACGAUGAACCCGAGAGCCCUGGACUGCCCCCGCUGCCGACCAAUGACAUCACGGCGCCGAGAUUCGGAUCCUCGACGGGCUCGCGCUACAAGCCGCAACACCAGCACCAGGCGUCCAUUAACACAGCUAUUACGGAUCAGACCAACGUUGGCUCCGUCAAUAGCUCGAACCAGGCGACUGGCGUUGUGGAUGCCAUUGCGCAGACCAUGGUGGGCGAGUGGAUGUACAAGUAUGUCCGUCGCCGGAAGUCAUUCGGUGCCGCCGAGACUGCUGGCCGUGACGACAGCAGCAACGACCGCCACAAGCGCUGGGUUUGGCUGGCACCAUACGAGCGUGCCAUUCUGUGGAGCAGCAAACAGCCUUCCAGCAACAGUACGCUGAUGGGCAAGUCGGGCCGCAAGCUGACUAUCCAGUCCGUGCUGGAUGUCAAGGACGACAACCUGCCUCCCAAGGGCUGCAGCCAGCUCUUCAACCGCUCGAUUCUCAUUCUCACGCCGCAGAGAGCGCUCAAAUUCACGGCAACAACACCCGAACGCCACUACCUAUGGCUCACAUCGCUCUCUUUCCUUGCCCACUCACAACAGGCUAUUCCCGAAAACAUUACAGCGCCGCCUCCCCUACCCAAGGCGUUGCCAGACUUUGAGCUUUCGUCGCGAACCAGCAAGCUCCGCAAAGGCGGAAUUCGCGACUCCAUCCGACUCACCAAGAACAAAACAGCCGUCUUGAGCACGGCGUCUGGAUCCUCCGUGACUGUGCCGCCUCCACUGCCGCCGAUGAGCAUGACUUCCUCGCACACAGACUCCGCACCGCCGAGCAUUCCAAGCUACCGGCCGGCCGAGUCGUAUACGUCGGCGCCGUCUGUGACAUAUACAUCGGCGCCGUCUGUGGCAGCCACGUCUUCCAUCCACCAGCGGGACACCUCGCGCGAUACGGCCGAGCCACCAGUGAUUGCGCGGUUCCACGACCGGUCGAGCCAGGUGAUGGUGCACGGCCGCAAGCGCAGCAACACGGGCGGACACGUGCCGCCUCCUUUGUCGUUCCGCGGCUUCUCUGGGCCGGCGGGUAGCAGCAGCAGCUACUACCAUGCGUCGAGCAACAGCACGGCGGCCAACUCGGACAUCUCGCAGUCGCAAGCGUCGUCGUGGGGCAUUUCGGGCGGCGCUGGCUCGCAGCGCACGUCUGAAGCGUCGUCGCGGCCCAGCGGCGCGGUCAUGAACAACUUCUUUGACGCGAUUGGUACCGUCCGGAUGGAAGCGUUUAUUAGCCCCCUCGCUCUGUCCCAGUUCGACGAAUUCCCCGACGAGCAAGAGGAAAUGCGCUACCGGGCGCGCCGUCGGAGCAAGGAGAUGAGACGGCGCGCGAGCCGCAGCCGUCACCGUGAGCAGCGUGACAGCUACAACUCGCGGACAACGCGUGGCACGGACGACUUUUACGCGGCCAGCCGCGCAGGCACGGAGGAGGACUACUUCCGUGACGACCCAUUCAAGGGAUUCUAG